GUGCGGAGCAGAGGCGAGCGUCUGCGUGUGUGGGACGGCGCCUCCGGUCUACCCGCGUCCAGCUCCAGGAGAUGGCGGCCUCGGCAGUGUCAGUGCUGCUGCUGGCAGCAGAGAGGCACCGGUGGCAGCGUCUCCCGAUUUUGCUUCCCCCAAGGAAAUGUUCUUGGAAGCAAAGAACCAUGAAGUAUACCACAACCACAGGAAGAAACAUUACCAAGAUCCUCAUUGCCAACAGAGGAGAAAUUGCCUGCAGGGUGAUACGAACAGCCAAAAAAAUGGGUGUGCAGUCGGUGGCUGUGUACAGUGAAGCUGACAGGAAUUCCAUGCAUGUAGAUAUGGCAGAUGAAGCAUAUUCCAUUGGCCCAGCCCCCUCACAGCAGAGUUACCUCUCUAUGGAGAAGAUCAUUCAAGUGGCCAAAAUCUCUGCUGCACAGGCUAUCCAUCCAGGAUAUGGGUUUCUUUCAGAAAACAUGGAAUUUGCUGAACUUUGUAAGCAAGAAGGGAUUAUCUUUGUAGGUCCUCCUUCUUCUGCAAUUAGAGACAUGGGUAUAAAGAGUACAUCCAAAUCCAUCAUGGCUGCUGCUGGAGUGCCUGUUAUUGAAGGGUACCACGGCGAGGACCAGUCCACCCAGUGCCUGAAGGAGCACGCUGGGAGAAUUGGUUAUCCAGUCAUGAUUAAAGCCGUCCGAGGCGGAGGGGGAAAGGGCAUGAGGAUCGUUCGAUCGGAAAAAGAAUUUCAAGAGCAAUUAGAAUCGGCUCGGAGAGAAGCAAAGAAGUCUUUCAAUGAUGAUGCCAUGCUCAUUGAGAAGUUUGUGGACACACCAAGGCAUGUGGAAGUCCAGGUGUUUGGUGAUCACCAUGGCAAUGCAGUGUACUUGUUUGAAAGAGACUGUAGCGUGCAGAGGCGACAUCAGAAGAUCAUUGAGGAGGCCCCAGCGCCUGGUAUUAAACCUGAAGUAAGAAGAAAGCUAGGAGAAGCUGCAGUCAGAGCUGCGAAAGCUGUAAACUAUGUUGGAGCAGGAACUGUGGAGUUUAUUAUGGAUGCAAAGCACAAUUUCUUCUUCAUGGAGAUGAAUACAAGGCUGCAGGUAGAACACCCUGUUACUGAGAUGAUCACAGGAACAGACUUGGUGGAAUGGCAGCUCAGGAUUGCAGCAGGAGAGAAGAUUCCUUUGAGCCAGGAAGAAAUACCUCUGCAAGGUCAUGCCUUUGAGGCUCGAAUAUACGCAGAAGAUCCUGACAACAACUUCAUGCCAGGGGCUGGCCCAUUGGUGCAUCUGUCUUCCCCUCAACCAGACCUUUCUACUAGGAUUGAAACUGGAGUGCGGCAAGGAGAUGAAGUUUCAGUGCAUUAUGACCCCAUGAUUGCAAAGCUGGUUGUCUGGGCUGCUGAUCGGCAGGCAGCCUUGUCAAAACUGAGGUACAGCCUUCUCCAAUACAAUAUUGUCGGACUGCGUACCAACAUUGACUUCCUGCUCCGCCUGUCCAGCCACCCAGACUUUGAAGCUGGGAAUGUGCACACUGAUUUCAUCACCCAGCACCACAAGGACUUGCUGCCUGCUGGGAGAGCUACAGCCAAAGAGUCUUUAUGCCAGGCAGCUCUGGGCCUCAUUCUCAAAGAGAAAGCUAUGACUGAUGCUUUCAAACUUCAGACACAAGAUCAAUUUUCUCCAUUUUCAAUCAGCAGUGGAAGAAGACUAAACAUCUUUUAUACCAGAAAUAUUACUCUUAAAGAUGGUAAAAACGAUGUGACCAUAGCUGUAACAUAUAACCCAGAUGGGUCAUACAGCAUGCAGAUUGAAGAUAAGACCUUCCAAGUCCUUGGUGAUCUUCAUAGCGAGGGAGAUUGCACUUACCUCAAGUGUUCUGUCAAUGGAGUGGCCAGUAAAGCUAAGCUGGUUAUCCUGGACAACACGAUUUACCUAUUUUCCAUGGAAGGCAGAACUGAGAUUGACAUUCCAGUACCCAAAUACCUGUCUUCUGUGAGCGCUGAAGGAAUCCAAGGAGUAGGUGCCAUAGCUCCAAUGACUGGAACCAUUGAAAAGCAUACCAUAAAGGCUCCAAAGAAUGGCACAAUAAAGAAGGUAUUCUACAGAGAAGGUUCUCAGGCCAACAGACACACUCCUUUAGUGGAGUUUGAGGAGGAAGAAGCUGACAAAGGGAAAUCACAGUAAACAACACCUAAGAAGGAGUGAAGUGAGCAGUAUCUUCUUACCUGUGGGGUAAAAACAAAGCCCCUCCCACUGGUCCCAGGUCUCAUAAAGAACAUGUACUAGCUACCCAGGAGGCUGAUUCUGAGGAUUAGGGUUCAGUUCAAAGCCAGCCUGGGCAGGGAAGUCCUUAAG